CAGAACUGACGUUUGUAAAAAGCGAUUAUCAGCUGAGCUUACCCCCAUAAUAUGAAAGAAAGAAAAAAUAUCACUAAUGUGAAAAAAAUAUCAACCAUAUACUACCUUUUUUAACAUGUGUUCAAAAAUAAAUAAAUAAAUAAACACAAAAUUUAUUGAAAAAUUUUCACAAUUUUUUAUUUUUUUUGUUUAUUUAUAGAAAAAUAACAAAAAUGAACUCCAACGAAGUUGUACCUUGUGGAAAAAUGAAAUUUUUUAAUAUCUGGAAAUUUUCUAAUUGUUGGCUACUGACCUGGAAGCUAAUGGACGAAUUGGACCAAAUCUCUCCUGGAUCAGCAUUUUUCUCUUUUCGUUUAAGGGUACACUAUGGACAAAAUUUUACAAAUUUUGUCAAGGCUACUGACCUGGAAGCUAAUGGACGAAUUGGACCAAAUCUCUCCUGGAUCAGCGGGUACACUAUGGACAAAAUUUUACAAAUUUUGUCAAGGCUACUGACCUGGAAGCUAAUGGACGAAUUGGACCAAAUCUCUCCUGGAUCAGCGUUUUUCUCUUUUCGUUUAAGGGUACACUAUGGACAAAAUUUUACAAAUUUUGUCAAGGCUACUGACCUGAAGCUAAUGGACGAAUUGGACCAAAUCUCUCCUGGAUCAGCGUUUUUCUCUUUUCGUUUAAGGGUACACUAUGGACAAAAUUUUACAAAUUUUGUCAAGGCUACUGACCUGAAGCUAAUGGAGCAAUUGGACCAAAUCAUGCACGGAGUUCACUGAAAUGGAAGCCAUAAAUAUAUUAAAAUUUAUAAUUUUCAAAUGUGUUACAAUGUUCGGUUUAAUAAACUUACAAUUAGUAA